AUGGAUUUUCUCAACUUCGCUUUGCUACUAACGAGUCGAAGACAGCUUUACAUGGCAAGCUGGCAACACACAUUGGUGUUCGCCUCGUUUCUCCCUGAUCUUCUGCUCGAUGGUGGGGCUUGGCCGUCGCAAACGAGUACUAGUUCUUAUUCGUUCGAUCUUCUUGAUAUUUGCGUCUGGUCUAGUCAUGUUCCACUGUGCAUGUUUGCUGUUUAG